UCGUUAAAUUAAGAAGUUGGACCGUUUACAUUUAAUUUUGUAAGAAAGCAAAGAUUUGGUAAAAGCUCCAACAGGAAUUGCAAUCAGUUUGCAUUCGCUUGCAGCAGCAACCGGACACAGACGUAUAAGGAGCAAUAAUGUUCGUAGGCCGAAGACGCGAGUGGAUAUCAAUAUUCAAGUGUAACGGUACGGCAAAACACAACACGGCUGUAAAACGUCUGCUGAGCAAACAACCGACAUGUUUUGGGCAACAAACAACCACCACAAUGAAAGCGAAUAAUCAGGCAGCACUUAACAAUGAGAGUAAAGAGUCACACCCGGAAUGGCAGCAGGCGCGUCCCUUCAAGGAAAUUCACCGUGUGAACCCUUACACACUUUUCUUUAAAUUUCUGCCCGGCGGACGAUACUACAACCUGGAUGCCGCACAAAUGUUCAAGGCGAUGUUUGCCGAGCAUGGGGAUAUUUACUUCAUGCCUGGCAUGUUGGGACGACCCGAUAUAGUACUGACGCAGAAUCCCGAUGAUUUUGAGCAAAUCUUUCGCAACGAAGGCGCCUGGCCGAACAGACCGAGCUCAUUAUGUUUGGACUACCAUCGCAGCGAGUUGCGCGCAGAUUUCUAUCAGGAUGUUGAGGGCCUUAUAUCAACUUACGGCGAGAAAUGGGCCUCGUUUCGUUCAGCUGUCAAUCCGAUACUUAUGCAGCCCAAAAAUAUCAAUAUUUAUUUCGAUAAGAUGGCACAAGUCAAUCAGGAAUUUGUGGAGAGAAUCCGCGCCAUACGUGAUCCUCAAACACUAGAAAUGCCCGACGACUUUGAUAAAUGGCUGCAACGUUUUACUCUCGAAUCAGUUUCCAUCGUCGCAUUGGACCGCCAGCUAGGUCUGUUGUGUGAGAAUAGCGCGGUGUCGCCCGAAGUGUGGACACUGUUUCGGAGCAUGUCUGAUUUCUUCACAAUUCCCUUCGAUUUGGAUUUCAAGCCAUCACCGUGGCGUUACAUUGCCACACCAAAGUUCAAGAAACUCAUGCGUUCACUGGAUAAUAUACAAAAUAUAACACUGAAAUACAUCAAUGCUGCCAUGGAGCGUCUAGCGGAGGAGAAGCGUAGAGGCAUCGUAAGACCGGAGCAGGAGCAGAGUGUGUUGGAGAAAUUACUGCGGAUCGAUAAGAAAAUUGCCACAGUUAUGGCAAUGGAUAUGCUCAUGGCCGGUGUCGAUACGACCACCACAGUCUUCAUUGGUAUUUUACUCGCUUUGGCUGAGAAUCCUGAGAAGCAACAAUUGCUACGUGAGGAAGUUAUGCGCGUGUUGCCGCAGCGGGAUGGCAAAUUUGCCGCUGACGCUCUGAGCCGCAUACCUUAUCUGCGUGCUUGUAUCAAAGAAGCGCUGCGUAUGUACCCAUUAGGUACCGGCAAUAUACGUGUUACACCAAAAGACAUCGUAUUAAGCGGAUAUCAAGUGCCAAAAAAUACUUGGGUUAGUGUGGUAGCGGCCAGUUUACUUAUGGAUGACCGUUAUUAUCCAUGCUCGAAGGAGUACUUGCCGGAACGUUGGUUACGUUCGGCGGAAAAUGGUGAAGGUGCUGUACCUCUUAAACCGAUUAACCCCUUCAUCUACAUGCCUUUCGGUUUCGGUCCCAGAAUGUGUGUUGGUCGAAGAAUUAGUGAUUUGGAACUGGAAUUGGGUAUUGCGCGGUUCGUUAGAAACUUUCACAUAGAAUUUAAUUAUCCAACCGGAGAUGUUUUCCGUACUGCGAUGAUCAAUUUGCCCAACAAACCACUCAAGUUUAAAUUCACCGACAUUGAAUAGUUUCCAAGCGACAUGUUAGCAAAAAAUUAAAUAAAGCAAUGCAAUCUUUAAAAAUAAAUCUGAAAUUUUAUUGAGAAGUUUAGGAUCUGUGUGUAGAUGUUAUUUCAGAGAGUUUAAUUGCUGUUGGCUUUAAGACUAAAAAAAUGCUUAGAAUUCGGUGGAAACUUUGAGAAUAUCUUACAUCUUGGAUAAGCUGUG